AUGACAUCUACUCCAGUUUCACGAGGUAAACCACUACCGACUGGCGCUGGUCGCCUCAAGGUGCGAACCAACGCUCCAACACGCCUGGAAAUACCCUCUCCAGGGAACUCGCUCACACCCUCAACCUCCGCACCUUCUUCCCUCUCUCCUCUCAUUCUCCCUGCACCAAACUCUUCGAGCUCUGCAGUAUCAGAGCAGGCAGAGAGACUAACGUCGGAGCUUAUGAUUGCUGCCUUUGGAAAACUAAGCAUAUCGGGUAAGAAGAGUGAAGGUGAAGUAAGCGAAGUAAGUAAUGCUGUUAAUGAGUUUGAGGAGGACGAGGCUACCAGUUUGAAGGCAGAGGAAUUUCAAGAUUUGGACAGACUAGGUGAGGGAGCCGGUGGAACUGUUACGAAAGUUUGUCAUAUUCCUACUGGGAAAAUCAUGGCCAAGAAGAAAAUCAACGUUGACCCUAACCAACAUGUACAUCGUCAAAUUCUUCGUGAGCUCGAGUUUCUCCGCACAUGUCAUUCUCCGCAUAUCGUCACUUACUAUGGAGCAUUUCUAGAAGAUGAGCGUUCAUCUAUUGGAAUUUGCAUGGAAUAUUGCGAGGGUGGUAGUCUGGAUGCUAUCUAUAAAUGUGUUAGCAGACGAAAGGGAAGAAUUGGCGAGUCGGUGCUUGGGAAAAUUGGCGAGGCGGUGUUGAACGGCUUGGUUUAUCUGCACAGCCAUAAGAUUAUCCAUAGAGAUAUCAAACCAUCUAAUAUUUUGGUAACAAAGAAAGGCGUAAUCAAAAUCUGCGACUUUGGUGUCUCUGGGAAUUUGGAAGCGUCAUUAGCACAGACAUUCCUUGGCACUAGUUACUAUAUGGCUCCCGAGCGUAUUCAAGGACGUCAAUACAGGGUCUCAGCCGAUGUAUGGUCACUAGGUCUAACCAUAAUGGAAGUUGCAGAAAACAAAUUCCCAUACCCAUCUGUGUUAAGUCCAAUCGAAUUGGUAGCACACAUAACAAAAAUGGAUCCACCCCAAUUGAGUAACGAUUGUGACUGGACUUCAGACUUGAGAGACUUUCUGCGAGUUUGCUUGGAAAAGGAUGGGGAGAAACGGCCGACACCAAAACAGAUGCUUGACCAUCCUUUCAUUCAGAGGUCUGCAGCCAAACAUGUAAAUCUUGAGCGAUGGAUUCGACAAGUGUGGGAAUGGACUGACUAG